AUGAAAUGCAUUUUCUUUUCAGCUCAAGCUUGUGCAGAUGUUCUGGCACUAGCCAAAGAAGCAAGAAAGCGAAAUCUUGGUCCUCUUCAUCCUUCCUUUAACGUGAUGAAGAUAAUAAGAGAUGGACUGAUAAGAAAUCUUCCAGAGAACACUCACCAGUUGUCAUCAGGCAGACUGUGUAUUUCACUAACCAGAGCAUCAGAUGGCAAAAAUGCAUUGAUAUCCAAUUUUAACUCUAAAGAAGAAGUUAUCCAGGCUUUAAUCUGUAGUUCGUUUGUCCCUAUUUAUUGUGGCCUAAUUCCACCAUCAUUUAGAGGUGUGCGCUAUGUGGACGGAGGAAUCAGUGACAACUUACCUCACUAUGAGUGCAAGAAUACCAUCACGGUUUCCCCUUUCGCUGGGGAGUGUGACAUCUGCCCCAAGGGCAAGUCUGCCAACUUCCAUGAGAUGAAUGUGACCAACACCAGCAUUCAGUUCAGUCUGGGGAACCUUUACCGUUUAACACAAGCUCUCUUUCCACCAGAGCCUAAGGUACUAGGAGAGAUCUGUGAGCAAGGAUAUUUGGAUGCUCUCAAAUUCUUGAAAGAGCAUGGUAUUCUGAAUGAUUCAAUUUAUAUCCACUUGUCCUUCACGAGAAGAAAUCCUCACGAAGCUGCACAACAUAUUGACUGUGUGAAGAGAAGAGCAUUGACAGAAAAUAACAGAGUAGAAACUUUGAAGAUGGAAAUACUUAAUGACCAGCUGAAGCAGAAUCCAUGGCCUUUGGAGAAGAGCAUAUUUGAGAGUCUACCUCCCAGACUUCGUAAAGCACUGCAGGAAGCUUGCAAAGAACAGAAUGGGUUCUACGCUCAGUUCUCUAAGCUGUUCCCAAUGCGGGUGAUCUCCUACCUGAUGCUACCAUACACACUACCAGUGGAGUCUGCUUACUCAGUCGCUAUAAGGCUAGUAAACUGGUUUCCUGACAUGCCUGCUGAUGUUCGAUGGAUGCAAGAACAGCUUUUUCGGAUCGCUGGUACAGUUUAUUCCCAGGCUAAAAGCAAAUUGUUCAGCACAUCCAGGAAAGACAAUUAUGCCUCACUAAGGAAAUGUCAAACUGUCCCAUCUACUAUGGAAUUCCAUUCCUCAUACUGCCACCUCAAAAUGCCUCACUCCUCUGCGCACAUCGAGAGCUGGCUCUGGGAAUCUUCCUGCUUCAUGCACUCAGCCAUGGCAAAUGCUUCUGCUAAUAUGCCAGAGCAUCCAGACUUCAACUCCUACCCUAAUUUUCUCCCAAAUUCUGACGAGUCUGCGUUGGAAAUAGAUGUUGACUCUUCCUCAGAAACAAGUUUCCAUACGGCUCCAGAGUAUUAA